CUUUUUUUGGCAGCGAACUAAUCCCUAUUUGGUUCCAGGUCAUUACAAAUAUAAUUUACAAUAACACAUAACGACCUUAGCAAAAAAAUAGUAUAUAAUACUCACAAAUUUGCAAUUCUAGCAUAGUUCACCGUUUGCAACCGACAACAAAAUGUAUUUCCAGCUCUUUAUAGUUGCUCUCCUUACUUACGUUUCUGUAACUAAUGGAGAACCACCAAAAUGGAGAACUAAUAGCAGAUUUAGGCAAUUGCAAAGGCUUGAAGCACCACCAGCUCAGUCGCAAUGGAAACCAUCUUCGGCACCACAAGCUGCUUACGGACCUCCAACUCCUGCACCAAGUUAUGGACCACCACCGACACCAGCGGCCAGUUAUGGACCACCUCCAAUGCCAGCUGCAAGCUACGGACCACCUCCCGCACCUAGUUAUGGUCCACCACAAGAAGAACCGUCAUUAACCACGACAGAAACUCAAGAAGGUACAACGGAAGUUGCAAAUACCACAGAGGCUAAUGCUGAGUUGAUAGCGCAAACUGGACGUUUACUAAAUAGGCCUCAGGGCUCGUAUUAUAUUUACCAUCCUAGUGGUUUGCUUCAGAAAGUGACGUAUGUUAAAAAUGAUGAUGCAAAGAAAAUGUCGCUAGAUGUUAAGUUAAAGUAUGAAAAUGUUGAUCCCAUUAGGGGUCCAGUUUAUACUUAUGACCCUGAAAGUUUAGUAUUUCAAAAAGUGUUUAAAUGAUUUUUUUGAAAU